AUGUCAAGGCUAAGUACUCCGAAGCAUCCUCGAUUUUCCGUCGUUACAUACAUUUAUGAGCUUUACAACGAGGACGUGAAGCCAGGGACCGUUUCCGGGAAGAAUUGGGGGCUGUUCGACGUGGAUGGCACGGCGGUGUAUGCUCUGCACUUGACGGAUUCCGGGACCGUCUUGGCGAGCGAUACUGCGAAUGAGACUUACUGCGUUGCAAGGGACGGAGCGGACAAGAGGAUGUUACACGUGGCGCUCGACUGGGCGUGCGGGCCUGGGAAAGUCGACUGCUCUUUGCUCAUGCAGGGCAAACCGUGUUACGAACGGGAUAGCAUCCUGGGACACGCCUCGUACGCGUUCAACGCUUAUUAUCAGCGGAUGGCGAUGGGAGAUGGAACCUGCGACUUCAACAGUGUGGCCGCAAUCUCGACUACGAAUCCAAGUUUGUUCCGUAUAAUUACGAUAUCUGGUAAUAAAUACACGGUACCUUUGCGAAUGACUCGGCGCUUGGCCAGUCGAUCCGCACAUUCUGUCCUCUUUGAGUUCUCGGACAUGUUGGAUGCACCCGAUUUUGAUAAAACUCGACGCAUUCUGUAA